UUAGUUCCCUUCUCUCUACUUUCGACAUAUGAAAGUUUUAAAACUGUUUCAUCAUUUAAAGAUAGAUUCAAGUCAAGAUUUUGCCGAUUUAGAAGUAUUUUAGAUAAAAAGUUACUUAGGUUCGCUAGGAAGGUUCUCUACAACAGAGCCGUCCUAAAAAGUACUGCUUUAAGAUGGCGGCUGUCUACUAACUCAUUUAGUGCCAUGUCUGUCAUUUUGCAUCUAGUUAUAUCUAUGUACAGUACAUGUGAUAUCUAUCAUGUCUACCAUAUCUACCACAACAUGCGCGCGUAGUUUGUACUAGCUAUCGGCUACAACAUGUAUUAUUGGAGCUACCUAGCAUCGCGUUUGCUCGGCGUCACAACUUUCUUGCCUCCUCCAUACUCCUGCUCUGUCGUCUCGAGAUUUCUGGAACUUGCCUGUACUGUCAACCCUGCUGGAAGAGCAGUCUUUCACUCAUUCGCUGCCAACAGAUGAUCAAUCCAGUUCAACUGCGAGCAGUGGCAGUGAUUGUAAAAUUGACCAUCACAUUGAUUAUUUCUUUGGAUACAAUACAUCCAGCGGGUGAAAUAUUUCCGGACAGAAGACGUCACCUGUGAGAGGAUUUGGACUGUCUCAACAUGGCAAAGACUCCAUGGCCGGAGGGCACAAAGUGUGUGGGCAAAUUCCAAUUUAAAAGCUCAUCGGGGCACCACCUCCCCUUUAACGAAGGAGAAAUGUUGACCAUUAUCAAAGCCACGAGGGAUCCACAGUGGUACAUUGCUCAAAAUGACGCUGGUCGCCAAGGGGCAGUUCCUACCAACUGCAUUCAAAAAUUUGUGAAAGGUGAAAGCAAGCUGAAUCUGAUGCCAUGGUUUCACGGCAAAAUAACACGACUUCAGGCUGAGAGCUUGUUGUCUCCACCAGAGGAUGGCCUUUUCUUGGUGAGAGAGAGCACCAACUAUCCAGGAGACUACACCCUGUGUUUGUGCACCGACGGCAUGGUGGAGCACUACCACAUUAGAUACCGCAACGGCAAGGUCACUAUUGAUGAGGAACAAUACUUUGACAACCUCAUUCAGCUCGUUGAGCACUACAAAACCAAUGGUGAUGGUCUGUGCACCGGUCUAGUCAAGCCAAAGUUGGAGCAGAAGACUGUAGCUGUCCAAGACGAGUUUUUGAGUGGUGGCUGGGUGAAGAACAGGGGAGACCUCCAGUUACAGAGGACCAUCGGACAGGGAAAGUUUGGAGAGGUCAUGCUGGCUUACUACCAAGGAAAUGAAGUUGCUGUGAAGAGUUUUAAACAUUGUACUACUGCGCAGGCCUUCAUUGCAGAGGGAUCUGUCAUGAUGAAACUAAGACACAAACACUUGGUGCAGCUGUUUGGCGUGAUUCCAGAGGAGGAUGGCACUUUUUACAUUAUCACUGAAUACAUGAGAAACGGUACCUUGGUGGACUACCUUCGCUCCCGAGGACGGACAGUACUCACGAAUGAUGCACUUUCUGAUUUUUCACUACAUGUCUGUGAAGCCAUGGUGUAUUUGGAAUCCAAUAACUUUGUCCACCGAGACCUCGCGGCCCGUAACAUUCUGUUAUCGGAAGACCUCGUUGCUAAAGUCGGUGACUUUAGUUUGACCAAGAAGGUGUCAUCUCUUCAGGAUACUAACAAGCUCCCAGUGAAAUGGACAUCACCAGAAGUUCUCAGAGGAAAGAAAUUCUCCACCAAAUCGGAUGUUUGGAGUUUUGGUGUUUUGCUUUGGGAAAUUUUCUCAUUUGGUCGAAUGCCUUACCCAAAAAUUAAUUUAAAGGAUGUGAGGAUUCUUUUGGAGCAGGGAUACCGCAUGCCUACUCCGGACGGAUGUCCUACAGAGGUCUAUGAUGUCAUGAAAAGCUGCUGGCAGUUGGACCCGGAUUUUCGACCAACUUUUGAGUCUUUGAAACAGUCGUUACUGCAGAUCAUACACUAGCGCUGAAAUCAAGGCACACCUCUCCGACAAAAUAUGUUCUGAGUGGUUCUAUUUCCAUCGGGUUGUUGAAAACUGAAAACUGUUGACUAUCAUUGGACACGUUUCAAAACAUUCUACAUUACAACAUAAUUCAAUUUUCUUUUU